UCCAACAGAAGUCGAUCUGCAGCUAAGCCUUCCAGACUGUUGAUAUUUAUUGGCAUUCAGGAAAAGGACUGGUCAGCUGCAUGAAAAAAUCUCUUUCUCUUAGGAACUCAGAUUAAAGAGCAAGGUUUUACUUGCCUCCCCUGCCUUCAUUCUUGCAUCCUGGCUGUGAGUGAGGAAGGAGGGCAGCUGUCUUCUGUGGAGGAUUGGAAGCCAGGGAGUUUCUCCUGGGAAAGGAGAAAGCCUUUGGUUGUUCUUCUGAACAAUAAGAAUUAAAAACAGUGUCCUGAAAGAAGAGGGCAGGAUAGCAGCCUGUAGCUCUAAGGGCAUUGAGCAUCCCCUCCCAGAAGUCCAACCGGAGGCAGGAGGACCGGUGAUGCAGCAUCCUGCGAAGGGCAGGGCAACCCCAGGAGGGGGGCUGGGGGGGAUGAGAUCUUGCGUGCACAUGGGAUAUUCUUCAGGUGCUCAGAAGCAAAACAUCCCCGGUCAUGCCCUACAUGCCAAAUGAAGUCCGGUGCUUCUUUGAUGGGAACCAGGACACAGCUGGCUGAGCAAUGCAUGGCAGAGCCCACGAUGCUCUGUUUUUUUUCCUGAAAAGGAAGCUCAGCGGAGACUACACUGCAGCGGACUCUGCAACAGCAAACAGCACAGAUGCCAAAUGAUGUGUAGACUCCUGCCACUGCAAUCUGACAGACUCUUUUCACAAACUCCCUGUUUUCAUGAACUACAUCAAAGCCCAUGUGCGUAACUUUCCAGUGGAUAUUAGAAUCUCAGUUAACACCUCCCAGCCACCAGAUAUUCAUAAAACUUUUGAUUAAAACAGCUUAAAUAUGACUGUUGCUACUGGAGAUCCCACAGAUGAAGCAGCAGCUUUGCCUGGUCAUCCUCAGGACACUUAUAACCCAGAAACUGAUCAUGAAUGUUGCGAGAGAGUGGUUAUUAAUAUCUCGGGCCUGCGGUUUGAAACACAACUUAAGACACUUGCUCAGUUUCCAGAGACCUUAUUGGGAGAUCCUAAAAAGAGAAUGAGAUAUUUUGAUCCUCUCCGGAAUGAAUAUUUCUUUGACCGAAACAGACCCAGCUUUGAUGCUAUUUUAUAUUACUACCAAUCAGGUGGCAGACUAAGACGGCCUGUUAAUGUACCCUUGGAUAUCUUCUCAGAAGAAAUAAGGUUUUAUGAACUUGGUGAAGAAGCUAUGGAGAUGUUUCGGGAGGAUGAAGGUUACAUCAAGGAAGAAGAACGGCCUUUACCAGAAAAUGAAUUUCAGAGACAAGUAUGGCUUCUUUUUGAAUACCCAGAAAGUUCUGGACCAGCCAGGAUUAUAGCAAUUGUCUCAGUCAUGGUCAUCCUAAUCUCUAUAGUAAGUUUCUGUUUGGAAACUUUGCCUGUGUUCCGUGAUGAUACUGAAGACAUACAUGGUAGCAGUAGCAACCCCAGCCCUUAUUCCAACAGCACAAUGAGGUCUCAACAGCAAACAUCUUUCACAGACCCCUUCUUUAUAGUAGAAACACUCUGUAUAAUUUGGUUCUCUUUUGAAUUCCUGGUAAGAUUCUUUGCCUGCCCCAGCAAAGCUGGGUUUUUUACCAAUAUCAUGAACAUCAUUGAUAUUGUUGCUAUUAUUCCUUACUUCAUCACACUUGGCACAGAGCUGGCUGAGAAACCAGAAGACGGCCAACAAGGUCAACAGGCUAUGUCUCUUGCUAUCCUUCGAGUGAUCCGCUUGGUGAGGGUGUUCAGGAUUUUCAAACUUUCCAGACACUCCAAGGGAUUGCAAAUCUUGGGACAAACUCUUAAGGCCAGCAUGAGGGAGCUAGGCCUCUUGAUAUUUUUCCUCUUCAUUGGUGUCAUCCUGUUCUCCAGCGCUGUCUAUUUUGCAGAGGCUGAUGAGAGUGAAUCUCAGUUCCCAAGCAUUCCUGAUGCUUUUUGGUGGGCUGUGGUUUCCAUGACAACAGUUGGCUAUGGAGACAUGGUCCCCACGACCAUAGGUGGAAAAAUAGUUGGCUCCUUGUGUGCCAUUGCAGGUGUACUAACAAUUGCCUUACCAGUGCCGGUUAUAGUGUCCAAUUUCAACUACUUCUAUCACCGUGAGACAGAAGGAGAGGAGCAAGCUCAAUACUUGCAAGUAACCAGCUGCCCAAAGAUCCCUUCUUCCCCUGACCUAAAGAAAAGCAGAAGUGCCUCCACUAUUAGUAAGUCUGAUUAUAUGGAGAUACAAGAAGGUGUGAAUAAUAGCAAUGAGGACUUUAGAGAGGAGAACUUAAAAACAGCCAAUUGCACCCUAGCUAACACAAACUAUGUUAAUAUAACUAAAAUGUUAACUGAUGUCUAGCUAAUAAAAAGGAGAGAACCCUAAUAAUACACCUAAAAUUCGAGUGGAACAUUUGCAGAUGUUGCAUAAUACUUUGCACUGUAGUUAAUACAAUAUGUUCUGCAACAUGUAUUGGUUCUGCAUGGAAAGCAAUAGUUGUGUAAGUGACUCUUUUAAACACUGAAUGCUGAAUAAGCUUUCAUGCAAUUUUUUUUUCUAAUACAGAUUUCUGGGUUUCCAAAUAUAUCAAACGUUUAAGCAAAACUAUGUCACAAUAUCAGAUGAAUGGCAUUGAAGAAAAACAAACCUACACCUCUUCAUGUCACCAACAGUUAUUCACAGAUGCCAAUCAGAUAAACAUAAUUUAAAAUAUAGAACUCAGCCCAUGCAAAAGAAUAUUUAUUCCAAGGAAAUAGUAUGCAAUUAUAUAGCUUUCAAGCUUCAGAAAUUAUACAAAAGGUCAUGCAUGGUUUAAUUAAAGGGAUAUUUGUCCAAAUUACUUUUUAAAGUUCAGUUUUCCAUAUCAGAAAUUCCAGUGAGAGAGACCGUACCAUGCAGGUUGUGCUUCUGAACCAAAAAUGCUGCAUUGGAUACAUCUACUGCAGCAUGUCAGUGUGAGGAUUGCAGGAGGCACUGUUUAGUAGGAUUUUUUUGUUGUUGUUGUUUCUUUAGUAGAGACUCACCAAGAUCCUGGAGACAUUUGUUUUUAAAAAGCAUACAUUUUUGUUGGGGGGGGGGUCACCUACAUAUGCAGAACUGAAAAGCAUAUUGUUUCAAAUGCUGGAGUAAAUAAGCUGUGGCCUAGAAUAUAUUUAUUCUGCAGAGACAUUUAACCAGUAUUACAGUACAGCUGCAUGGAUAUUUGUUGCAUGGUUCUUAAUAUUUAUUACAUAAAAUAUAUCUAUUUUCUUAAGUAGACUAUAGAGUAUACUUGUUUAUAGUGAUUCUAGAUUGUCCUGUGGCUUGAAGGAAAUUCAUGGACAUAAAAAACAAACAAACAAACAAACUAAAGCAAUUGAGUUGGGGAAGGAUGUAUGCUGACCAGAAAUGUGAUAUGCAAGAAAAAUGCCCAAAAUGUUUGCUUGCUUGAGUAGGCAAACCAACUAAGGUAAUAUGAAUCAUAUACAUCACAUAUAUCAAAAAAUGGUAAUGGAUUCGUUGUGGUGUCAUAUAUAGAGACAUGGCUGACCAGAAAUGGGAAAAAAAUAUUUGUAAUGAAAGGAUCUCUGGUGACAGUGUCAAACAAAUGUUAACUAAACAUUUGAUAUUUAAAUAUAAAAGAUUGGAGCACACAAAGAUUGCUUGAAGUAUUUAACUUGCAGAACCUUGAGAUUCAAAAGUAAGAUGCAAAGGUACAGCAUACCUUCCUCUCAAUCUGCAUUAAAUCUGGUAUGUAGUCUGAAAUAUAUUUUCAGAAGAGGGUGUGUUUAUGCAAUAAAGCCAACCCAAGGUCAUUGAUUUAGGUACAGAAUAGCUUUCCUUUGAAAAUAUCCUAAUAGAGCUGCAACACAUGGCUAUAGCAGAGGAAGAGUUGACCAUAUCUUAAUAUGUGCCAAUGUGCAGCUUGAAAGUUGAUGUUUCCUUUCGAAUGUUCUCAUGCAAUGGAUUCAUUGUUCUCAAGAUUAGAGUAAAAAUGGUCUAUAUUUGGCUCUUAUAAUCUUUGGAAAAAAACACCCAAGUGUAACGCGAUAAGAGAACUUUGGCCAACUUCACACCUCAAGCUGGAUUAACUGCUUUCCAUUAAGGAGGCAACGGCUUCUUCUACAUGGACCUCUCUUCAUAGGUUGGCAUCUUGGAUUUGUGCCCUGUUGAUGCUGCAGUUGCAACUCUCAAGGGUCUGGAUAGUUCUUCAAUAAAAGGCAACUCUGCAAUCAAUGUUCCAGGAAAAAUGCAUCUGAAACAAAUAAUAAUGAGAUAAUGAUGCCUGUGAGCAAAUCCUCUGCCCAUCACUUGCAAAUCCUAUACUGCCUUGUGUGAUUUGGCCUUGAGUUUGUUUGAAGACUCACGACAGCUCCAAAUUCUGAGCUGCUAAAUAUUUACCGACAUAAUGCAUUCAGAUAUCUUUGAUGCUGGUCUAGACCUUAGAAAAUGGAUUGCAGCAACUGAAAUUCCCAACAGGAAUAGGCAGUUAGAGCCUGUAAGUGAUUUUGCUUUACUGAUCCUAUUCCUGCAUUGACAUGAAUGAAUGCACUAAGGAAUACAUCACAUAUUGAAAAUAUGAACUGAGUGGCUCUGUAAAGAAUUUGGCAUAUGAUAAUGAGGUUGUAUAGGUGUUUAUGCCAGAAAACCAAGUUGCUAGCAGUCCACUCAGUUCACAUUUACCCAUUGUGCUACAGCUCAGCUCAUGUUCUACAAUUUUGCAUGGGAAUAUAGAUUCAUCUGCAAACUGGAUAUGUGCCAAAAUAGUCAUCCUGAUUGCUUAUAGGUGUGUUAAACUGUAUAAAUCCAUGCAACCUGAAUAAUCAACAAGUCUCUUGGUUGAUUCUGAGUGAUAUCUGUUUUUAUGUCAAGAAGGAAAUAUAUCACAACAAUCUGAUUUUAAACAGAUUUUAAGAAAUAUAUAAAAUAGGUUUUACUGUUCCAAGAAGGACUUUUUUCAACCUGUAAGAAAGCUAACAUUGAAUAUAGCUGAAUCAGUCUAGAGCUGAGUAUUGUUUAAAUAACAAUUGCUAAAACUUUGUUUACAAUAGUAACAAUAGUUUUGCCUGAAAAAAAUCUGAACAAAACUCAAAUUUCUUGGUCUUUUUCCUACUCCUACUCCAGACAAAGAAAGGUUAUUCCAUUUCAUUUUGUAAUGAAGACUGGAAGAAAAUAACUGAAUAAUAUAACAUGGAAUAGUUUGAGAAGCGUUACUAACUCUACAAUAAGAUCAGGAGCAUUGGUGUUUGUGAGGUAAUUUUGGUUUCCCCUUUAUGUCAAUGGUAAUAACGUGGACCAUUAUUACAGGAUAAUGACAAAUACCUUUGGAUCACAUCUCAAAAAAUCUCUAUGCUAAAUAUGCCGUGAAUUAAAAAAGCUAAGUUUGGAAUAACCUUCAUUGUAGUGAGGAGGAAUAGAAUAAUCCUUCCUAUUACCUCAAGCUACUGUCAAAAAUAUUCUUUCUUUUCCACUGCCACCCCCCCCCCAUAAGGGAAGAAAUAUACUUGGUUAAAGAUCCAAGCUGGUCUGUCAUCUACAAUUCAGCAAAUCAGUCUGUGCAAAAGUGUAGGGGAAAUAGAUUAAUGUCAGGAAUUCUCACAGUUUAAUUCACAUGUCAAUAUGGAGUAGAGUUCCUGGGGUUUCCGAGAACAAGAAGACAAAACCGAGGACAUCUGUCUAAUAGAAUUAUGAGAAGGAAGUCCAGUUCCACAGAAGGGAAAAUCAUUAGAAUUCUUAUUCCAAUGCUAUAUUAGAUGAACUAGAUGAAUUUACCAUUUCACUGAAAUUAAUUUGUUUCAGUAUUUGAUUUUGUGCAUUAUUCAGUCUGUUUUCAUGGCUUUCCUUUUGUUCUGUCUGGAAUGGUAAAAUUUUGCUUUUUAAUUCCUCCAAAUAAUGAUUGUUUUAGUAUUGCAAUUGUACACUACUGGAAGCAAAGUAUCAAACAGUGGACUCUGGUGAAGGCUACCUUGAAUGGGCACCAGAGUCUGACUGCAUACAAAAAAAAAUUAGUGGCAUGAAAAGUUAAGAGGUGCAGUGGCACCACAUUGCAAAUGUGCAAAAAACCCCAUUCAUAUGAGUUCAUGUUAAAAAAUGUAGUUGGGAUAGUUAGUUGUCCUGAUUAUUCCAUCUCAUUCAACUAUUCUUGACUAUGCAUCUGGAUAGAUGUUUUAUUUGUAGAUCAGUCAGCUUGAGGUUUCAAUAUAGUGACUUUACAAAAGUUUCCAUAGGUUGGCCAAGCUCCCACUAAUUAAAUACACCUGUUUGCCUGUGCACUGAAGUAUUUUUCUGUAGGAUUUUUCUCUAGUCAUUUAUUUAAGAUUGAAGAAUUCCAGAUAGGUUUAGUACUGUGUUCUUGUUCCAAAGAACCUGUUCCAAAGAGCAAUAAACCAUACAAAUUGCUCUGCAUGGAUGAUAACAACUUGGAAUAUCUUCAUAGGAGUCUCACAUUGGUGAUGUAAAUAUGUAUGAGAAUUCUAUUUUCUAAUUUCUGUUAGAGUCAACAUGUGGAACAUUCCCCUAAUCUCUACUAUUCUCUGCAUUAAUCAGAUUUCUACAAAAAGGGCAACUGAGACAAGAAUAGAUAGGAAAGGAGAAUGAAUUAGAUUGGAAAGGAAGAAAGAGUAGAAAAAAAAGACUUCAUGUAAAUUGAAGUUCUCUCCUUGUUCACCAGUCCUCUCAAGUAAACCAGACUAGAUGAACUAAUUUUACUUUAUUGUAAGGCUACAUUAAUAGAAUAUUGCAACUCUGAAAAUACAAACUUUGCACUGCCAUUCUUAACUGCUUAAUCCGUUUGGGCAGGUCCUUCCUAAGUUUCUUUGUCUGAUCAUUAAGUCACUGGGGGCUCCUCUUUCUCUUGUCUGAUUGUUUCCUAUGCAGCAUCUCUUCUCUCUUUCCCCCAAACUCAUCCAUAUGUUCCAUUACAUAGAUAUAACACGAUCCAUGAAAUAACUUAUUUCUGAAUAUCUUGAAAAAGAACUUGCAUACUCUUGCAAUGUCCAAAUCCCACGUGGCUGUACAAUAGAAGAUAACCCUCUUAUUCUUCACACACUUGGUAGCUGAGUAUUCAUCUUCAGAAAUGGCCCCAUUUCUAAAUCCUAUUGAAACUUGGGUCAUAUCAAGUACUAUAACAAACUUGUUGCAGUUAGCAUCUGAAUCCUCAAUAUUUUAUUAUUAUUUUUAUACUAACCAGUGAAUGUGCAGAUAUAAAUAAUGUUUGUUCCUUAAAACCACUUUUGUAUGCAUCAGGAUAAUGUAAGAAGAAGUGAAAGCAAAUAAAAUAUUUCAGGGUAACAAAAUUUCAUUUAUAUUCAUUACAUCAUUCAGCCAAUCAUACCCUCAUCGUAGAUACUCUAUAACAUUCUCUCUCUUAUUCACUUUUUCAUCUAUUGUCAGCAAUUGUUUUCUAAAUAAAUUUCAGGACUUUGUAAAUAUGCCAGCUUGGGAAAAGUGUAAAACUUAUCAAAGUAUGCUUCUUAAGUGCUUACUAACAUUCUUUGCUCCUACAUUCUCUCUAUAAACCAAAUAGGCCUGAACAAUAUAGGGUGCAUUCUGUGAACCUCUCUUAAUUUUGGGAUUAAAAGAUAAAUUAUACAUGGGAGAGCCACGUUUUACAGGGGGCGGGAAUAAAAGAAAGGGUUUUCUUUGUUUCUGCCCUUAGAAACCAUCCCAAAAUGUGCAGAACUAAUUUUUGGUAUUAGUUCCUACCAACAUGGAUAGCUAUGUUAUAGUAGUCCUUCAGCCAUAUUUGAUAAUAAUGGCUAUCAUUCUUAUCACUGGCAUUGGUUAUGCUGGCUGGGGAUGAUGAGAAUUGUAGACCACUCAAAAAUUAUUAGACUAGGGAAGGAUGCUCUAUAGCAGGGGUGUCAAACUGCCAGCCUGCAGGCCGGAUGCGUCAUGACAAAACCACGCCCACCCCAUUGCCAGCAAUGGAAAAAAAGUCACGAUACAUCGCAACACAUCAUGUGAUGUUGCAAGUUUGACACUACUGCUCUAUAGAAUGAGAUUGAUGGACAUCCUAAGAGCUGAAUGUCCAGUUUGGGUACCCAUUUUUGUUUCAGAUAUAAAAGGUACUUAUAUUUAUUUAGUGAAAUAAACAAACAAUCACAGGAGUCUUCCAAAAAUGUAACAUAUAUCUAAAUAUGUAAUACAUAUUUAGAAUUGGGGCCUCCUAUUUUUAAUACAGUAAAUUUCCAUUUCUUACUCAUUUGAUGUUAGAUAUUAUCCUUAAGUGAUGCACUCCAAGUUUAUACUAUAAUUUACCCAGGUACAAAAAUGUAGUAUUUUAAAAAUGGAAAAAUGCUUUUCUGUAACCUCAUAAUGACUCUGGCAUAAUUGUAAGUUUGAGAAAAGUUAUAUAUAAGCACCAUACAAGAACAUUGGAUUUUGCUCAGGCAGUGAGUCUUGUUGAAUAAAUUUGGAUAUGCUACUGUUGUAUUUUAAUUGUGUUUUCUGAACUGUGGCAGAAAAACUAAAAAGCAAUCAUGCCACAUAAUAUUUAGCAGGAUAAUCCUUUUAACAGCAUCUUAUUAAACAUUAAAAUUAGCAAAUCUAAUAAUGUACCUAAAGUUACAGACUUUAGAUUGGCAAAGCCAAAAGAAAAAUCUCUUAAUAUAUAAGCACAAGACGUCAAAAUCUCUUAAAAUGAAUAAAUAAAACAUAAAAAUAGUCCCCCUCUCAAAAAAGGGAAGGGGUAAGAGAAUAAAGAAUUUAUACUAAGGGCAGUUUGAUGAUAAACUAAUCAACGUCUACAAACUCUUAGCAGCUAUUAGAAGAUGUAUAUAUACAAUGUAUAUACAACCUGAAAGGUAGCAGGAAUUGUCUUAAGAAAGUCAUGUUUUGUACUUAAAUCAUUAAUUUACUACUCAAAUAUCCCAAUCUUUCUAAAGUUUGCAAUACACUAGAGAAGGGGCCAAUCUGCAAAACAGAUCCAGCUAUUUAUAUAAAGUUCAAGGGGCUGAAACAUGACUCUUUUAUUUUCCAACACUGGAGAAAUGUAUAAAGCUGAGCUCCAUUCUCUAUUUUGUCAAAAAUGGGUAAUCCAAUUCCCCUUGGUCAUUGUGUGAAUUCUGAUCUGGAUCUGAAGUUUGCAGUUUGCGCCCCAUCACUAGUCUUCCUGUUACUAUGCAGUGAAAUCUAAUUAUGAACUAAGGCAUUUAUUUGUUUGCAGACCACCUUUGACAUUUAAGUAGUUUUCCAAUUUCUCAGCUCCUUAGUUCUCUUCCAUUCUAGCUAUGAGCAUAGUAAGAAAAUUACCCUUCAAUAGGAAGAUUAAUUUCAUUUGAUCCAUAAAUAGAAUGAGUGCCUGUCGAAGGCACAUGUUUUUGGUUUGAAGAUCAGAAGCAAGGAGGAGGCAACAGAGAGAGACCUAAAAGAAUGUGGAGAUUUCUCAAGGGCCUAAAACCAAGGUGACCAAAUCUGGGGUGCAAAAAUUUGGGGGACCACUAUCUCAACAAAAGAGAGUUACAGCUUUCGGAUUCUCUUUGCUGUCAUCUAGUGGUCUACUAGAUUGUGCAACUUACAUCUGGCAGCCUUACCAAAAACAUGACACUUUGGUGCCUCCUCUGUGGAACUAAACUCAUUGUGGCAUAAGCAUUCUUGGAUGAAAGCCACUUCUUUGUAUGCAUAUUUUAAAGUGGGCACUGGCUCAAAGAAAGCACAUGCCACAAUGCAUGGCUAGUCUUGAAAAUGCAAUAUUUUUUUUUUGUAUCCUCUCCUUCAACUCACUACCGUGCUUGUUAUGUUUUUACAUUAUUUUACAUUAAGGUUGCAGAAUGAAAUCUUUUUCAAGCACAAAAUACAAACAGCCUUUUGUGUCUGAUUUAGGGUCCUCUAAGAUUUUUGCAAAGCACACAUCCAGAUGCUCAGGUGUCCUUUUAUUGAAAAGUUCUGAUCACCAGCCCACUCUGCAGAGCUCUCUGUCCAUUUGGUCAGAUUCUGCUUAAUGCUUUUUCAGUGGAUUGUAAUGCUUCAACCUAAGCUAAAUCUAAUGUGUAUAUCUUCCUUUCCUCACCAUUGCAGAAAAGAUGGGGAAGUUCUUCUAAUGCUUCUCCACUAUUUUAUUUUCAUCACUGUAAUGAACGCCUUAUUCACUAGAGCAGUGUUUCUCAACCUUGACACCUUUAAGAUGGGUGAACUUCAAUUCCUAGAAUCCCCCAGCCAGCAUGUUGGCUAGAGAAUUCUGGGAAUUGAAAUUCACCAAUCUUAAACUUGCCAAGUUUCAGAAACACUUCAUUAAAGUCUAAUAAUUAAUCUCUUGCUAUUUCAUUUUAGGGCUACCAUAUAUAGGCUGCAAAAAUCAGGAUGAUGACUAGAUGCAGCAAUAGGACUUAGGAAAUUCUUUUUGCUGCCAUUUGUUGGUAGUCUAAAUUUUUGCACCAAAAUACAAUAGCUCUAUUCUGAUGUCACAGCUGAAUUUCAAUAUAGCCGGCUUUCUUAAAAACCAACUUUUCUAUUUUCUCUUCCUAAAUUUAUUACUGCACAUGGACCUGCAGAUUGCAAUAUAAAUAAAAGAACAAGAUUUGGUUUGGUUUCGGAAUAUCUAUGAUAAUUUACCCCAUCCCACAAUUUAGCUUAUGAAAAAUGUUAAGGUGAUAAGAGGCAAAUGAAUUCCUUAGCUCCUAUUUAUCUUUUCGGGUAUAUUUUGGCUGCUAUGAGAUGUCUAUGUACUAUUAAGAAUUUAAUUCCAAAAACUAUGCGUAAUGUGUAAAUAUGUAACAAAAUUGUGUGUAUUCCAAUUCUUUCAAGAUUUGUAAGACUGUUUUUCUACCGAGUGCAAGGAAUGUUAUUAGCCAAGUGCACCUGCUUCCCUGUUAUCUAAGGUACUGCAGAUGUCCUACAAACUCAUAUUACUAAUUAUUGCUUGAAAUGUGAAAGAGAAGGACAAUGGUUCAAAUAAGUAUGUGUUUGCCUUAUUUAAGAGAAUCAAUAAGAAAAAGGAAAUCCAAGAAAAAUCAUAAUAAACAUGCCGUGGAACUGAAUCUUUUGUUUCCAUGGUUACUGGAAGAAUGGGACCAAUAAUGGUGAGAGGAUGCUAAAGAAAGAAAACUCAGGGGAAUGUUGAAUCAUUUAACGAUGUGUUUGCUUGAUUAAAAUGCAGACAUCAGCCACAUUUAAACUGCACAAUAGAACUUAUUGUUAAUGAAGAGAGCUGAAAUAUUCUCUGCCACUAAGAUGUAUUUGUACAUCUUAUUGUACACAGCCCUAAAUUUUGUGUGUGUGUGUGUGCAUGUGUUUCCUAUAUGGACUUUUGCUGUUUGGUUGAUCAUGUGUGUACAAAAUAUAUUCUUCACAGAAUAUCACCAAUUUUGGAAAUGUCAACCAUCCCAGUUAAAAAUAAAUAUUUCUGUUACAAAGAAUACAUUUUGUAACUAAAAGGAGGACAAGAAAGAAGAGAGAACACAGUGACAGAAUUAUAGUCAGAUUAAGAUUUAAAGAAAAAAAGAAAAUUUCUUCCUCACAAGUCUUCAUAUAUUUAUUCCAUUGUAAUCUGACUUUUCUAACAUGUUUCUGCUGCUAAUGAUAAUUAUCUGAUAAUAUAAUUUGUAAGCCACCAGAUUGGUGGCUUACAAAUUCCUACAGGGUGUCAUGUUAAGGAUAUUGGAUAGGAUUGUUACACGGUAUUCCUUUUCUGGCACCUAGUACAAUUGGGUGUACCUAAGUCAAUAUUAACUGGUAUACAAUAUAAUGCAUGAAAGACACCAGAGAAUGGCUAUUGAAGUCCCUUAAAUAUUUCAACCUUUUUCAUCAUGGCACUCUCCACAACUUUCAUAAUCCUGAGUCAGAAUAACCAUAGGCCAGGGAAUGCCUGGGGAUGAUGAAGUCAUUUUCACAGAGCUGAACAGUAUGACUUGAUUCCUUAUAACUGGCCAUUCAUAUAACUGGUUUAAAAGCAAGUUAAGCUGCUGGUUUAGAAACCAGGCGAUUGAGUAAUAGGCCUCCGUUAGAUAUGAAAGCUGGCUGGGUGAGUCUGGGCUCAUCAUCUCUCUCAGUCCAAUCCACCUCACAGGAUCAUUGUUGUAGAGAAAAUGAGGCAAGAGUAUGAGGUAUGUUUGCCACUUUGAGUUAUACAAACCUUCUCUGAAUGUAUAUAAAAAAUUAAAACAUAAUUUUUAUGUUUAUACUGAUAUGUGUCUUGCUAUUUCUCAGACUUUCUUUCCUUCUGAGAAAUAAGUUCUUGUUUUUCUACCUUAUUUCUAUGUAUAUAUUCUGGGUGAUACUCCUGAAAUUAUUGUUGGGCAAAGUGGAAUGUGAAUGAGUGUUGUGUUUUACAUUGCACAGCUUCCUAUCACUUUGAGGCUUCAUUGAUUGCCCAUGUUUCUCAGUAAAAUUUUUUUGAAAUUGUCAUCUUUCCCUAGGAUGUCUUUCCUUGGGGCUUAAUUUGACCUGCAGGCUACAAGAAGGUUGAUUAUAUAACAUCAUUCAUACAGUUUCUGAACGAUAUUCAUAUUAAAUAUGGACAAGAAAUUUCUAAAGGAAAUUAUAUUCCAUCAGACCGAAUGAAAACUACUUGGGGACAAAAAUAGGGUAUAUGUUCUACUGAGCAAAAUUAUUUAUUAACUUGUUUCAAGGGUCCUAUCUCUCUUCAGGGUUUCCUACAGCAAAAGUGCUAGCAUACGACAACACCAUUGUUUCCCAUAUCACCACAAAUUAGAAAAGAAGAUAGCCUGUCAUUCACGUCUGAAAAGCAGAAAUUGAUCUUACCCAUUUUAUAAAGUUAUCUCCAAGUUCAUAUCUUCCAAAGGUAAUAUAAGAUAAACUAUGAUGCUGACUAGCUGUGGAGUGCCAUUCCAAAUGAAAGUAUUAAGGGCACAAAAAGAUAAAACAGGAAAAAAAGGGAGGGGAACGUUUAUUUUACUCUUUCCCUUGCAAUUGAGAUACUUUCAGUAUGGAAAUAUAUUAUAAUGGCAGAAAACUGACAAAAACAGCAGAAGGACGGAGAGAAUCAUUAUAGCAACUUGCAGAGAGAGGAAUUACAUCAGAUUUAUUUCUGAAAAUGUUUGAGGAAUUAGGCAAUAAGUUAGCAAUAUCACUUGAUACUAAAUUGACAGCUUUUGAAGAAAAGAAUGGAUUAAAAACUUGUAAAGAUGAAAGAAGUUAAGAAGAUGGAAAGCUCUGUAAAACAAGUGUCUGGAGAUGCAAAACAAUUUAAUGACAAAGCGGAAAUUUGGAAUUUAAGACAGAAGUUAUAGACAGAGAGUCGGGAAAGAGAACCAGAUAACUUGCUCUACUGAAAUUAAGAGAGAAGAAAUUUUAUUUGAGAUUUAGGGCAUCUCAGAAGAUUCUGGUGAAGAUAUCAGAGAGAAAGUUAUAAUGUUUUAAAAUAAUGUUUUAAAAUUAUUUGUUGGACCAGGAUGAGGAGGAUACAGAGGCAGCAAUUGAUAAAAGUAUGUAGAAUAAAUGCACAUUUGCAAGAAUAAGAAAUGUUCCAAGGGGUGUCUUGGUGCACUUUGUCAAGAAGAACACAAGAUAUCAGGUUUUACAGCAGCCUUUAAAUACAGGACUGAAGAUUGAUAAUAUAGAUGUAAUUGUUCAUAGAAAUAAAUUGUUAUAGUAUUAGGAUUUUGCAUAAGGGAAAAGCAUGUUCUUUUUUAACAGAUAGAUUAAAACAGAAAAAGAGGAUGGGACAAAAUGGAAGGAGUAAUUUUUACUUUUAAGUAGCAGAUGUUUCAAUUGAACUCUCUUAAGAAGGUGAAUGAACUUUUAGUAAAAUUUGAAGAGGAACGGGGGAGAUUCAAAUAGAGGUAUCAGAUGAGACUACAAAAAAACUUUAAUAAGAAACUUGAAAGGAAUGAUACUGAACUAGGUGCUACAGGAAUCAACUUUUCUAAAUUUUUAUUUAGGGAUUACAAAUGUGUAAUGUGGAUUAUAUAUGGAGCAAAUGCUUCUCAAAAGAGAAAAAAAUGUCAUUUGAAAAAAAUUAAACAAGAUAUAAUUUAUGUACAAGACAUACUUAUUAUAAAAAGACAAACAUUUGAUUUAUAAAAAUUUGGGUGAAGAAUUUAUUUCAGAAGACACUAAAUAAUAUGUUGCAAUAGAAAGAAGAAAUAAUGGAGAUUGUAAAAAUAAAUUAAAAUGUUUUGAAAAUAAUUUAGAUAAAGAUAUUGAUUUAAAAUCGUUUAGGAUGCAAGUAAAGCUUUUAUUAUUAUUUUAUUCAAUGCAAUAGUGAAUUCAAAAAUAAGAGCCAGGGAAAACAAGCUAUUUUGGAUGAGAUAAAGUGAAGGGACAAAAAAAAGAACAAUUUAGAAAAUUGCCAGAGAAGACAAGUAUUUCUUAACAAAUUAAACUUUUAUAAUGAUAGCUAUCUAUGUCAACAGUAAAAGAAAUAGAAAAAAAUGAACUAUUUUUUGCAAACAAAUUGGGGAAGUGGCUGCCAUACAACAUUACAAAAAAGAAAAGAAAAGAAAUUAUACUGAAAUUUCAAGAGGAAAAUACUGUAUUAAUACUGUAUGGCUACACAAAUAUCAUAAAUAUUAUUCUAACUUGUCUAAAGGAAGUAACAUCUCUCUGGAGAAAAUAGGUGAAUAUCUAAAGAAACAAAAUUUACCAAGGAUUACAGAGGAACAGAAAUGGAUUAUGAAUCAGCCUAUAACAAUAAAGGAAGUUUCUGAAGCUAUAAAAAAGAUUAAACCAGGAAAGGUGUCUGACCAGAUGGAUUAUGAGCUUAUUAUAAAUGCAUUGAAAAUGAAAUUUUACAACCUUUGCAAAACAGAAUAAAUUCUAUCUUACAGGGAGAAAAGAGGCCAGAGUUGGAAAGAGGCCAAUAUAGCACUAAUGCCUAAAAAGGGACAGAUUUGACUUUAACAAAAAACUAUAGGCUGACACCAUUAGUGAAUGAUGAUUACAAGGUGUUUACAAUGAUUUCCAGCUAAUAGACAAAAAAUAAUUGUUUCAAGAAUUCACAAGAAUCAAUGUGGGCUUUUACCUAAAGACAGCUAAAGGACAAUAUUUGAAAUGUGUUGGACAUUUUGGAAUAUUUGGAACAACAAUGAAAAACAAGCCACAUUGGUUUCUUUAGAUGCAGAGAAAGUCUCAGACAAUUUAAGUUUAAUUUAUUUAUAGUUUCAUUGGUGGAGAAGCAAUAGAAGACAAAUUAACCUCUAAAAAAGUAAAUAGCAUUAGCUAACCUCUGAUCUCCACAGAGUCAACCGUGAGUACUCAGCUGUUAGUUUAUCAAGCCCCAAACCCAUAGCAUCUCCCUUUCUGCCUUUGUCUUACCUCCUACUCUAUCUAUCCAAAUAUCUGUUAUUAUUUUUCACCCAUUUAACUUGUCUUGACCCUUCUUCCACCUGAAAGAGAAAAUAAAGAUAAAUCAACUUCUUGAGCCACUUCCUUGCUUUUUUAUUUCUUUAUCUAUACAUUUCCUUUAAAAAUGUGUCUGGCAACUUUGCCUGUGUGAAGAUAAUCUCCAGCAUGCUUCAAUUACAUUAACUCACUCUUGUUCAAACCCUCAAGCAGUGGGCUGUGCCACAGAAAUGAUUGUUAGAAGCCAGGGGCCCAAUCAACUUUUUUCUUCUUAUCUUACAUUUGGCUCACUCAAACGGAACAUGACACAUGUUAUUUCUGCUUCCAUAUUCUGAUAUUUUUCCAGAUCACAUUUAUAACAGUUGUGUUUAACAUUCAGUAGCUUUCCCCUUUUGUCUCUGCUAGCAGGUUUCUGAAUGGUGGAUCCUCCUGCCAAUUUGUCAACCACUGCAGUUCUUCACUGCCCCAAGAUCUUCAUCUUCCAUCCAGUUCUUGUAUCUGCUCAGCUAUUAUAGUUUAUAUGCUCUGUAGAUGUGUUUCUGGGUCAGAUGUACACUGCUGCUGCUGCAGCAGCUAACCAUGUGGGAACCCCAGUGCUUUCAUUAGCUGCAUGCAGUAGGACUCUAAAAGAUCUACAAAGAUCUACAUGUUGAUUUUAUAUUCUUCACAGAUUAUGCUGCCUCAAGACUCAAUUAGUAGUUAUUUCCAUUGCCUGAAGAUCUCAGUUUGUUACUGAUUUUGCUGUAAAGUUCACUGCAUCUGCUCCAGAAACACAACUAUUUGUCUCCAUUCUUGCUCAUGUACUUUGAUUCAUAAUGGUUCUUCUGGAAAACAUAUUGCCAUUUUUGGAGGAGCAAUUUACUUGUGUAUACCCAACGUCCAAGUAAUGAGAAGCUUUAGGGGUUGUAGUUUCCAUGGAAAAUGUUCACAGGAGUUACAUAUUUUUUAGGAUAAAUUCUUUUCACACAUACUGUCAAGAAUUUCCCACAGAGAAAUUCCUCCCUUAGACCCAAGUCCACUAUGGAGCAAUUUCUUGAUAAACACUGAUAUUGUGCUCAUCUCCUUUUCUUGUCUAGUGGGUAGGAAGGAAAUGAGUCAUCUCCAUCCAUCACCUGUGCCAUACUAUUUCCCAUUGAAACACAUCAGCAUAAUGUUGACUUUUGUCAAGUCUAUUUGCACAAAUCUUAAAGAAUCAAGAUCUAUAGAAAUGGAUUCUGUGGGAUCUCCCUGACUAACCUCCACCAUUUUUAAAAAUCAAAAGCUAAUAUAGAAGUAAAUAAGUUAAAUUCAUGAAAGUGGGGAAGAGAGGAGAAAGAGAGAUAUAAGUUUCAAGGUAACCUUUCAGACGAAAAGAUAACUGGUUAUUGAAUAAAUGAUGUACUGUUCCUCUUGCUGUACAAACAAAUCAAUAUCAGUGUUAUGAUGAGCUAUAGUUUUUUUUUCUGAAGAAAAGUGCCUCAUGUUGUUUUCAGAACUGUUGUAAAUCCACAGUAACAUCACUGCUUUCUUCAAAGUAAACCUUUGGAUUGAACAAAUACUUUCUGAGAACCUGAACAGAGAUGCCUUUGCAGCAGCAUCACAACUACAGUCUGUCUAAAAGAAGGAGACACACCAGGAUAACUAAAUGAGAAAGAGCAUGUUUUGCUUACAGAACCUGAUAGCAGUUUAUCAUACUACUGUAUGUAAAUCUUCUAAUCACAAGCCACUUUGUAUCCAAGAAGCAUCUUUAGGCUUUCAAGAAUGUCUUUAUUUGUUCAUGAAUAAGCCUCAUUUAACUCUUUGUGAUUGCAUUCUAUGUAAACCUAGUGAGAAUUAUUCCACAAUAAUUGUAACUAUCCAGUAUCCUAGAGUGGAAUUGGAUUUAUAGUGAAUACCGUACAUGGAUAUAUUUAUGCAGUUUUCUUGACAACAGUAUGGAACUGGUUUGUCCUUCCCUUCUUCCGAGAUGUUUUUGAAUAUUCCAAGAAUAUCCAUUGCCUGAUAUUCUUCCAUCCAAAUAUUAACUUGAAAUCUAUAUCUAUAUUUAUACCUAUGUCUGUAUCUAUACCUACAUAUCAGAUACAGCCUCAGAUCUUUUCAGAAAAUUCAUAGUUAACACUAACAGAGAUGAGCAAAUACUCAGCAGAAUAACUACUGAUUCUCAGUAUUUCUAAUAUUAUAUGAAGGAAAUUGAAACAGCAUGUAUUUCCCAGCAAUAUCAGUCAAAAGAUAUUCAUUGAAAUUUAAUUUUAAAAUACUACUAAGGUGUGAAAGUCCUAAUAGUUAAUGAUUAGUUAUCCCUGUGGAGGGGACUUAAAUUUUCUAGUUUUUUUCUAACUUUUUAUACUUUUAUAUUGAUUAAUGAGCAAUUGCACUCAUUACAAAUAUUUAAGAUAAAUAGGUUCCAAAUCUGACAUAAUGAUGCAAUAGUAAUUAGUUAAUUUCCACAUGACCAUGGAAAUGUCUUCAGACAAUGCCUCAGCUAAGAAAUCAGGCAGGGGAAACUUUACGUUUAACUUUAUAUCUUAUUACUCUUAUUACCCCUUAUUAUCCCCCAAUAGAUUUUGGGGAAUGUAUACUUGAUAUCCUGAGUUCCAAAAUGUAUACAUCAGUGGCUUGGGCUUUCAAGGGCUAGCAAGUCCUUGCUCACUGCCAUUUUAAUCUACUCUUGUCUUGUCCCCUUACUGGCUUGAUUCUAAGACAGUUUAGAAAAAGCCUGUCCAGACUGAGAUCCUUUGGCAGCAGCUUACAAGGUAUUCAGUCUAAACUGCUGACUAUCAGCUAUUAUGACUGGAAAAUUCCCUUGCUGCUGUGUCUUUUCUGUUUCAGUUGUUUCCCUUCCUGUGGGCAGCUUCAGAAUUUAUUCUCAUAUAUGAAGCUGAAAACUUGACUUGUAAUUUAAUCUCACUUGAGAUUAACAUAAAGCUUCAGGGUUCCGCUGUAAUAAAAUUUAUCUUACAUUUUCAGUUGUGUCAGGCUUUAGGAAAAAUGAAUUGCCUAGAAACAAGGGUAGGUUUCACCCCAAUAGCUCAUUAGGGUUGUAUUAUUAUAGCAGAACUUGAUCAUGGUUAUUAUUAAGGAUUAUAUAAGGUUUCAUCAAUAAGGGUCUUCUACAAACCCAGUUUGACUAAUGGAAGCCCAUACCCUCAUGAACCUAUAAAGCUUUCCGGAUUUAUUAAGGGUACAAAAAAAGAAGAGUCAAAGAUCUAACUUGGAGGGGAUGCAAUCAUUUUAAUUAUUUUAUAUAAAUAAAUUUAUUUACUUAUUUUUCAUAAUUUAUUAGCCUUUUUCUAAUCUUGAAUAGGUACAGUUGUUGGUAGCAGAUUGUUUCCUCAGACAAUAUUAAGGCAAUAUGAAGUUCAUCUCCAUGGCUAGAAAGCUUAGAAGCAGUUUUUAAUGGUUCAUUUGUACGCUGGCUUAUGAAGUUCAUAAAUGUAGAAGAUGACAUCAGUCUCAAUUAAACAAGGCAUAACAUGAAGAGAGAGCCUGCCCUUUAAAGCCUGCCAUCACACUGCUUUUGGAGAAACCACCCCUUUCAACUUCUUUUUAAUAUAGUAUAAAGUGCCAGGGAUCAGUUUCAUGGAGGGUAGUUUUCCUGCGGACUGGGGGGAGGAGGGCAUGGUUUCACAUGUUGCCUGGAUCCUGUGUGUGUGCAUAUGGGGACUGGUGUUGGUCUGUGGCUUGUGGGUUGGGGACCCCUGGUAUAAGGGACCACCGAUGCAUGCAUGCCCUUGAUAUAAUUCAGCUUUCUUAAAUGUUUGGGCAUACUUUAUCUAGCAAUGAGAACAUUUCCUGGGAUUCAAUUCAAAAUCUGCUCAAUAGUCAUGUUCUUUAUCAGUGAAUGUUCAAAAUUAAAAAUGGGCUAUUACUCAAUGGACCUUUACUCAAACACAUACUGUACUGUGACUACAGAAGACCUUAAGGCAUCAUUCUACUUGACUUCUUGGAGAGAUCGCCAACCAAUUGAUCAACCAAUCAACCAACAGCUCAACCAAUCAUGCUGAUAUCUUAACAACAUGGCACACUUCAUACAACACAUGUUUUAUCUGGAUGGAAAUAAAAAUAUUUAAAAUAUUUAUGUAAAUGAAUGCUAACCCUGAUAAUGUAGAUACUCAAUAAAAAGAAUAUUUCUCAA